UAAAUAUUGAUGAUAAUAAUAUAUUAUAAUUUUAAUUUUAGCUUACAUUUGGUAUUUACUAUUUCUAAUAGGUACAUAUUUUAGGAUUAUGUCUAUUUGUAGCUAAAAUGUGAUUGCUCAUUUCGUGUUUUUACAUAUUUUACAGAACUGUUAUUUGAAAACUUUCAGGUUUCCUUUCAAAAUCAUAGCCCAAAUAUUUUUAUCAAGGUUUGGAGAGAGGACAUUCCCAAUUUCAGGAAUAGCACAGUUAUAGACACUUCCGAGCAUGAUAAACGUGAUAUAAUGAAUAUUGAUGAUAAUGAUAUACAGCUGUUUCAAAAAAUAUUCUGCCUGGAUAGCUGGAUGAAUGUUGAUGGGUAAAGAUAGAGGUUGAACAGGAACAAUAGAAACUUGAUAAGAAUGAUUUAAGUUCCGAUUUAUAGUAUGCUGCAAUGCAGGAAAACAGCGAUCAAGCAAACAUCAAAACUUUUACAGGAUAAACCUGUGGAUAAUAGUAUUAUGGUCUACUGUCAAUAUAUCGAUGAAGUUUUACGAAAUACGGUCAGGUUCCAAGCAAAAGUUUAUAAAAAUGUUCACAAUUUUCAUGCAGCUUCUGAAGAAAUUAAGAAAAAAUUAAGUGACAUAUUUGGGAAACUAACACGAUGAGGCAAAAAGUUAUAUGAAUAUCAAUUGAAUUGAUCAUCGAAAUAAUGAACAGGAAAAUAACUGUGGCAUGCUGGUGGAUUAUAGAUUUUCGAUUGUACAAAAGAAUCCAGAAUUGUGGAACGACUUGAUUUUUCUUCACCUGAUACAAUUAAUCUGAGCAGUGACGGCUGAGGUUUUCUAGGGGUUUCCCUCGCCCAAGUGCGAAUGCAGUCACCAGAAACCAUAUUCCCCUAAUGAGAGAAGAUGAAAAUCAAAGUUAUCCUAUCAAUGAUCAUGUAAUUUAAGAUCAAAU